AUGCCCCCUGUCAAGAAGGUCGCCGCCCCCAAGGAGAACAUCUCCUUGGGCCCCUCUGUCCGUGAUGGAGAGCUCGUUUUCGGCGUUGCCCGUAUCUUCGCUUCGUUCAACGACACCUUCGUUCACAUCACCGAUCUCAGCGGACGUGAGACCAUCACCCGUGUCACUGGUGGCAUGAAGGUCAAGGCCGAUCGUGACGAGUCCUCCCCUUACGCCGCCAUGUUGGCUGCCCAGGACGUUGCCGUUCGAUGCAAGGAGCUGGGCAUCAACGCCCUCCACAUCAAGAUCCGUGCCACUGGUGGCAACGGCACCAAGACCCCCGGCCCCGGUGCUCAGUCCGCCCUCCGCGCUCUGGCUCGUGCUGGCAUGAAGAUUGGCCGCAUCGAGGACGUCACCCCCACUCCCUCCGACUCUACCCGCAGAAAGGGUGGUCGCCGUGGUCGCCGUCUCUAA